GAGCGCGUCUCUCUCCUCCCUCCUCUCCUCUCCUCUCCUCUCCUCUCAGCUCAGCAGUGCGUCCCUCACCGCCUUGGAUUCCGUGUGACCAGCAGCCCUGAGCGCAGACCAGCCGUCCAGCAGAGCGCCGCCCGUCCACACAGCAGCACAGCCAACACCAAGCCCCAACCAUGUCAUUCUUACAGCAGCGACAGAGGCUGACAUCUAUUUGACAACUUCCUUACCCACACCUUGCCUCCGCCGCUCCUCGCUCUUAAGUGCCCUGUUCCAAAUCUUCGGCACCCCCCUCCCCCCCCGCUCUCCUCCCAACCUGUCGGCCCUCAGGUUCAGCGGGACCAUGAUGCUCAGCAGCUCCGUGGAGGUGCCCAGCCCGGGUGGGAUAAGCGGCCUUGGCGGGUUGAGCGCGGCGGCACGGAACGUGGUGCGCUCCUCGAGCAUUUCGGGGACCAUGUACAGCCUGGAAAAGAGCCCCAGCAACACGGGCCCCGACUCUGCAUCGCUAGCUGGCAACAAGAAGCGGCGCUCCAGUCUGGGUGCCAAGAUGGUGGCCAUUGUGGGGUUGUCACAGUGGAGCAGAAGCACACAGCAACUUAACCAGCAAGAUGGGGGCAUGAAGAAGCUCCGCAGCACGAUCCGAAGGAGUACAGAGACCGGCAUCGCUGUGGAGAUGAGGAACCGGGUGACACGGCAGGGUAGCAAGGACUCCACCGAUGGCAGCACCAACUCAAACAGCUCCGAAGGAACGUUUGUCUUCCCUACCACUCGCCUGGGGCCUGAGAGUCAGUUCAGCGACUUCCUGGAUGGUCUUGGCCCCGCCCAGAUCGUAGGCCGGCAAACACUAGCUACACCCCCUAUGGGGGAUGUUCAUGUAGGUAUGGUAGACAGGGGAGGGCAGCUGGAGGUGGAAGUGAACCAGGCCAGAGGGUUGACCCCAAAACCGGGCUCCAAGAACAUACCAGCAACCUAUGUGAAGGUAUAUGUCCUGGAGAACGGGAUGUGCUUGGCCAAAAAGAAAACCAAAGUAGUAAAGAAGACUCUGGAUCCCACCUACCAGCAGGCUUUGUUGUUUGAUGAAAGUCCUCAGGGCAAAGUCCUACAGGUAAUAGUGUGGGGGGAUUACGGGCGUAUGGACCACAAGUGCUUCAUGGGAAUGGCUCAGAUCCUCCUGGAGGACCUGGACCUGUCUGCCACUGUCAGCGGCUGGUACAAGCUGUUCCCUACCUCCUCUCUGGCAGACCCCAGCAUCGGACCCCUCACCAGACGCCUCUCGCAGUCUUCCCUGGAGAGCGCCACCAGCCCCACGUGCACCUAGACACCCAGCAGACGGCGAGCGCAGACACACAGGCACGCGUACUGUACAUACACGACGACUGUAUUCCAAGCGCGACGCAGUUAGGCAUAACGCCGCUCGUUCGGUGGCAUAUACCCCACGAUUCCAUGAGCAUUAAUUCCUCCAUGUCCAUCGCUAUUCACCCGCCAAAUCGAAAUCUACGCAGACACACCGACGACUCGAACAUGUAGCGUUCACUUCAUCUCUCACAAACAACCGAGCGCCACGCGCCGCGUCCCAAGCCGUCAAGUCCUCCGCGGCGCGUCUCAUCCCAGGGCCACCCACGAUCAAUGCCAGUUUCUAAACUCUCUAUGCCAAACUAAGGAAAAAAAAAACUUUAUUUUUUAAAACCAAAGCAAUUGUUAUUGUUGUUCUUAUUAUUCCUAUAAGUAGUAGGUGAAACUAGUAUACAAUAUAAAGUAUGGAUAUGUAGCAGAGUCAAUGACUUAGAUGUAAUGCAAAAAAAAAA